CCCACUCUAUUGCCGAACAACAACCGAGACAGACUGCCCACUGCGUUCUUCAUCAACCGGAUGAAAGCACUUCACUCGAGGAUGGAGAAAGCCCACGGCAAGUUGGAGGCCACCUGUGAAAUGUGCUCUGGAGGAAAGGCCUCUGCAUUCUGCCGACAGUGUAUCCAGUUCAUUUGUGAAAAAUGUGUAGAAUCUCAUCAGCAUAUGAAAGUGUUUGCCUCACAUGCAGUAUCCACUCUGGAAGAGCUCAAACAGGGCGGAGUGAAAGAACUAACAUUCGAAAGCACACCACCCCCAAAUGUGAAGAUCACGAGGAACCAAAGAAGAUUUUUUGUUUCGAUUGCGACAAGCUAAUCUGUCGAGACUGUGCUGUAUUCGAUCACCGUGACCACAAGUCAGAGUUUGUAAAGAAAGCUGCCCUCGCAAUUCGCAAAAAACUGACAGAGCACCUCUCCCCACUCAAGAACCUACUGCCUGAUCUGAGCACCGCUGUCAAUCAAGUGAAAGGAACUAAACAGAAGAUACAGGCUCAGAAAGAACUGACAGAGAGACAAGUGAAUACCAAGUUCCAGGAGCUACACGAUAUUCUCGAUCAAUGCAAGGUUCGUGUUUUACAAAAAUCUUCUGCUUUGGCUGAUUCAAAGGUGGAGAAGCUGACGGUUCAAGAAAAGGGUAUGGGCCUGUCCCUGGACACUGCUCAGAGUUUGAUUGACUUUGUAGAGCGUACACUGGAGAAUGCAAGUGAUGAAGAACUGAUUACGAUGCAAGAGCAGGUGGUGAGUCGAAUCGAUGCCGAGGUGGUGAAGCGAGGGAAGGAAGCAGCCAAUCCUGAUUCAGUGGAGAAAGAUGAUUUUGUUGUCGAAGUGUUUGUUUGUGAGGAUCUCAAGAAGUUGUGUGAGAACAAUGUUAUUGUGUGUGAUAAAGUGGAUCCAAGAAAAUGUACUGUGGAAGAAGAUGGAGCUAAAAAUGUUGAGAAGUUGUGUGAGAACAAUGUGAGAGUGUUGGGCGGUAAAGUGGGUCCAACAAAGUGUACUGUGGAAGGAGAUGGAGCUAGAACUGCUGAAAUCAAUACAUGUUCAAUUCUUGUGGAAUGUAAUACACAAUCCAAGCAUCAUACAAUACAAGUCACUUUAACUUCUCUAGUUAAUCAAUCAACCCAAGCAGUGCCUGUGAGGGGUGAAGUGUACAGUGUUGAGUACACCCCUAGGGUACGUGGUCGACACCACCUCCUGAUCUCAGUGGACAACCAGCCCAUCCCAAGAAGCCCCUUAUUUGUGUUCGUCAAAAUACCCCCCACCAAGCUGGACAAGCCAAUGAGGGUGAUAAGAGGAGUUGACCCUGUGUAUAUGGCAUUUAACGCAUCAGAAGAAAUUAUUGUAACUGAUCAUAUGGGUGAUGUUUUGGUGUUUAACAAGAAAAGUGAACAGAUUCGAAGCAUCAGCAAAUCAAAGCAUGGGUUUGGCAGUAUCAUUGGUGUGGCUGCAGACGAGGAGGACAACAUCUAUGUCUCUGACAACAGCAAACACUGUGUGUACAAAUUCAACAAAAGAGGAGAUCUGCUGAAGAGAUUUGGGACAUAUGGAAGUGGUCCAAAGGAACUCAACUACCCUCGAGGGAUAGCAGUCGCUGGUGAUCAAGUGUUUGUGUGUGACAGAGGCAAUCACAGAGUCCAAGUGUUUACAACAGAACUAGAGCCAGUCAAGCAGAUUGGUUCUGGUAAUGGGAAUUUUGACAAACCAGAGGAUGUGGCAGUGGACAAUAAGCGGUUAAUAUAUGUCACUGACCGUAAUAAUCAUCGUGUUCAAGUGCUCACUAUGGAUGGUCGGUUUAUUCGCUCUAUUGAUAAGAAAGGAAGUGGACAAGGAGAUUUGUAUGGCCCUCGCGGUGUGUGUGUCACUGGUUUUGUUUAUGUUGCUGAGUAUAAUAACAAGCGUGUGUCAGUGUUCACUAAAUACGGUCAGUUUGUCACAUCAUUUGGUAAUGGUCAUGUCACUUCUCCUCAUGGAGUAGCUGUGGACAGUGAUGGUUUUGUGUAUGUGUGCAGUAAAGAAUCUGUUGUUACCUUUUAGUGUCUAGAUCUUUUAGUACACUCUUCAUUGUUUACGUUUUAUACUUACGUGCAUUGUGCGGCGUGUACGUGUGUGUGGUAUGUGUGCAGUAG